AUGCAGCCCACGAUCGUUGAAGAUAUUGCCAUCAUCGGAGCUGGACCAGGCGGCCUCGCACUAGCACUAGCUCUCCACUCUAUGGGGAUAAGUGUCACAGUUUUCGAGCAGCGCACUCGCGACACCAGUGUCGGAGGUGCUAUAAUCCUCGCCCCAAACGCCCUCCGAGUCCUGGAUUCUCUCGACGUUUACUCUCGCCUCAGCAGUAAAGGAUUUAACUUCGAUGACUUCACCUUUGUCAAUGAGCAACACGAGCUGUUGAACAAAUUUCCAUUUGGGAGCCAGUCUCAAUACGGCUUCAGCGCUCUGCGAAUCCGCCGUCAAGUCGUGGUCAGUGAACUGGUAGCUGUGGCCGAGGAACGAGGAAUCACUAUUCAAUUUGAGAGGAAUUUCUCGCAUGUCGUCGAGGAGAAUGAAACCGGUGUGACCUUUCAGUUCAAGGAUGGCCUGGCCAUGAACGCUUCGCUGCUUGUCGGCGCGGACGGCAUUCAUUCAAGAGUACGGAUGCAUUUGGAUCCGCUUGUUAAGCCGAUCUACUCGGGUCAACUUGCCCUUGGCUGUGUCGUACCAAAAUCAGCCAUAUCAUUCCCGGUGCCGUUUAGCUACCAACUCCCCGCAAUUAUCUAUGGUACAAAUGGCGCAUUCUUGUUCAUUCCCGAGGAUGUUGCUGGCGAAGAAAUCCUCAUCGGCACCCAAAAGUCCUUUCCAGAGAGAGACAGAGAAGGAUGGACGAGUUUGAGUUCAUCUAAGGAGGAAGUCACGGAACUGUUCAAGAGCAACUUGGGAGCGUGGCCGGAGAUGGUUGCGUCAGGUGUAACGGCCGCGACGAAGGGACAUCUCACUAUCUGGCCUUACUACUCUAUCCCUCGUUCUGAAAAGUGGUUGUCAGAGGGGGAAAGAGUUGUGAUUCUUGGCGAUGCUGCCCAUGCAAUCCCACCAACCGGUGGACAAGGAGCGUGUAUGGCGUUCGAAGACGCGUUUAGCCUCGCGUUGGUUUUGUCGUGCCUCUCCUCGAAGUUGACAUUACAGGCUGUUCUCAAAGAAUGGCAACAGCAUCGUCUCGAGAGAGUGGAUAACGUCAUGGCAUUGACGAGGCAAUUAGGUAGUUUGAGACUUUCGGCCGACGAACGGGCGGAGCUUGCGAGGAAAGAGGAGAUGUCUGGUGAUUAUUUGAUUGGGGACGCCGGAGCGGAUUUGAGCUGGCUUUAUUCUCUUGACCUUGGAACUGAGGUUCAGAGUUGGUUUCAAGAAUGA